AUGAAAGUUCAAGUUUUGAUGGAAAAUACUGGUACCAACUCUAUCAAUUCCUUUCAUAUUGCCAUUGAAUCCAAGAUGCAUGAAAUGUUAUCAUUUAUCGAUGCCAACGUUAAAACCGACGCAUCUAACAAACAUCCUUUAAUGCCGAGGCGUGUUUCGAUCUCCGAUAAUAGGGAUAAAAGCUUCUACCGCCUGCAAUUAAGAGACAACGUUGCUCCUAGUGGGACUGUGGCAGUGGAAAUUGAAAUGGUUUUUGUGAAUGCUUUGAGACCUUAUCCCGCCCAAAUUAAUCAAUUGGACAAGCAGUUGGUCAUUUAUGAUGGCAGUCCAUACUUUUUCUCUCCCUAUAAUACUAUCAAGCAAAUAACUACUGUAACUUUGGCCUCUAGUAAUGUUGAAAGCUAUUCCAAAGUGAAGCCCGUAAGCUUGUCCGGUAGCACGAUUACAUAUGGCCCAUACAGAAAUACACCUGCAUUUGACGGUACAUCUGUAACAAUUCACUACGAGAACAACUCUCCAUUCUUAUCCGUAGUUAGUCUCGAAAGAGUGAUCGAAGUUUCUCACUGGGGAAAUAUAGCUGUUGAAGAAAAAAUCCAUAUUAAGCACGUCGGAGCUGCUUUGAAAGGAUCCUUUUCAAGAUUCGACUUUCAAAGAGGACAAUCUUACGAAAACAUACCUGCUGUCAAAUCAUUUAAAACUGUACUUCCUGCUUCUGCUAAAGAUGUAUACUAUAGGGAUGAAAUUGGAAACAUAUCUACUAGCCACAUGUUGCAGUUAGAGGAUUCGGUCGAACUCGAUAUUCGUCCUCGAUUCCCCCUAUUCGGUGGUUGGCAAACCCAUUACACUCUUGGUUACAAUGUGCCAAGCUUUCAAUAUUUAUACUCUAAUGGCAAUUCUUAUCUUUUGCAAAUGAGACUGAUAGACCAUAUUUUCGAUAACUGUGUGAUAGAAAAUAUUAAGCUUCGUAUCAUUUUACCUGAAGGCGCAAAAAAUAUCAUUUUCAAAGCUCCUUAUCAAGUAGAGCGUGAUGCAGAUGGGCUACAUUUUACGUACUUAGAUGUCGUUGGUCGUCCUGUUAUUUCUAUUCAUAAAUCUAAAUUAGUAGAACAUCACAUUCAAGAUUUUAAUCUACGCUAUGAUUUUUCCCAAAUUUUGCUUUUACGCGAGCCUCUGCUUGUGGUAGUCAUUAAAGACGAAGCAAAUGAAGCCCGUCAGAAAGUCGCCGGUAUAUUAGAGGAAAUUCAGUGCCUUCAAGAAAAUCGUGAAAGUCUUUAUGAAAGUUUUAGUUCUGCAAUCUCCAAGUAUAAAGCGCAAAAAAACAGCAAUGCUUUCGGAUCAGCCCGCAAGAAAUUUGACCUUGAUUAUAAAAAAAUUUAUGCUGAUGUUACUGUUUUCCUUGAAAAACUCGGUACUGAAAAGGCAGAGAGCACUAUAACGCAGCAGAUUCAAGAAAUACAAACUAAGGAAAUGGAACGCAAGCAUCUUCUUGAUCAGACAGCAUCUUUAACCGAACAGAUAGUAGUUGGUAAGAUUGAUCGCGAAAAAUACAUAGAUAACCUGCAGAGUAAUAUGGCGAAGCGUUCCAAAUUAGCCGAAGAAAUUGCCAUUUUAAAUUCCAAUUUGUAA